AUGGAGGAAAAUGAACAGCUGAAGAUAGGUGGUUCUAUAUGGAUCACACGAAUAUUGAACGUAAUCGAGGAUACAUAUGUGAUAAUUUUGAUGCUUUUCUAUUUUUUGAGCAUUGUCACCAGUUUCCCAUUAUUCAAUUAUUUCAUAAAAAUCAAUCGCAAGAAGGAUCAAAAAUCGUCAAUUUAUCAAAUCACAAAUCAUCUUUAUAAAAUCACAGCUAUCUCGCAAUGUAUGAUUACAUCUUCAUUACUUUUCAUAUUUUGUUAUAUAUUGAUUAAUCUUGAUUUCCCAACAUCAGUGAAAUAUGUAUUAUCUUUCAUAAUAAUUUGUCUUCUUGGUGUGAUCUAUCUUUUCAAUCAAAUCGUUGUGCCAAUUCAAAAUCUUCUAAUAUUUCUUCUGGCUUUUCAAAGAUUCCUUCUUUAUUUCUACCCGAAUUCCGAAAAAUAUAUAGUUCCAAGUGAGAAAAGGUUCAACUGCAUUAUUCGAUGGUUAUAUUCUAUAGUUAUUUUCGGAAAUAGUUUCUAUAUUGGUUUUCUCUUAUAUACGAUAAUUAAUCGGGAGUCUUUAGACGUAAGAUUCAUAUAAGCACAUACAAAAUUGUAUCAUACAAUUUUCAGGAUUGGGUUGCUAUGCACAGAACUGAAUGGUCCAGUCUAAGUUCAGAAGUUUAUAUAGCACUCGAUGCUCUAGUUAUAUUUUCUUCUAUAUUUUAUUUUUGUAUUUUGAUUAGUGUUCGAAAAAUCACAAAGAUGUCUUCAACGGUAAUGAGAUCCAGGCCCGAUAAAGUGAUAAUUUAUCAAACAUUUAUUUUGAUAAUUGUAAAACUUUUGUUCAUUCCGAUAUCAAUUCUGUCAUUUCUUUAUAAGAAUGGGUACGACGAUAGUUUUGAUGCGAUUAUAAAAACGGUAUGAUGUGCUAAACAAUCAAUAUUCUGAUUUUUUUACAAUUCAGAUCUACUUCCCCCUAUUCUUCAUUGAUUUUUUAACAACUCCCAUCGUAUUUCAAAUCACAUAUAUUUUCUGCAACAAAACAAAUCUUGAAGUUUUGAAGAAAAUGAAUUUCAGAAAAUUGAAAACUUGGAGCAUUGUUUGUUGUGGAUACAAUUCUUCAAGUAGUGUUGAUCAAAGUCAUAGUAAUUUGUAUAUUCUGAGCGAAGGUUCUACUAGAUCUUGAAAGAUUUUGCAAUUAAAGAUGUUUGAUUUUUUGCUUUUGAAAUCAUUCAAAAUCCCUUCGACUUCCUGAAUUUUAAAAAUUCCAUCUGUUCUCAUUUCGAACAGGACAGCUGAAUUUUUACAGUCAAAAUCAAAUUCAGUUUUCAUUUGCAAACAAUGAAGAAAGGUGAUCCUGAAUGGCUCGCACUCAAAAACUCUUAUAAUGUAAUAUUCGUAUACUUUAUGAUUUUAUUACUUCUCUUCAUUCUAAGCAUCAUCAUAAUUUUCCCAUUAUUCAAAUAUUUCACAAAAAUCAAUUGUAAAAAGGACCAAGAAUCUUCAAUUUAUCACAUCACAAAUCAUCUCUACAAACUCACAGUUAUCUCACAAACUAUGAUUAUAACAAUAUUAAUUAUUGUAUUUUUUUCCCUGCUUGUUAUGUUUGAUGACAAGUUUUCAAUCUCAUUAGAAGUUAGAGGAAUACUUAGCACAACUUCAGUUAUCCUCUUUUUUGUGGUUUAUAUUUUCAAUCAAGUAAUAGUUCCAGUUCAAAAUCUUCUAAUAUUUCUUCUGGCUUUUCAAAGAUUCCUCCUUUAUUUCUUCCCAAAUUCUGAGAAAUAUAUAAUUCCUUCUGACAAAUCAUUCAAACUUCUGAUUCUAUUGUUAUAUUGUACUGUUGUUUUUGGAAAUAUUGCCUAUAUUUAUUUUCUGACGUACAGUGUAAUUGAUUGGAAGUCUCGUAUUUUCCAUACCCCUGACAAAUACUCUUCUCGUAACGUGGUAAGGCCGUGGAAGAGAAAACCAAAUAGACUUGUAUUUUGCAGACUGGCCCUACGGAGUGGAACAAUGAAUAUUCAAUUUUAAAAUCGGCAAUUUAUAUAUUCCUGGAUUUUCUAGUCAUAUUCUCAUCUUCAUUUUAUAUUUUCAUCCUUGUAAGUGUUCGAAAAAUCACAAGACUUGCUUCAAAUGCAAUGAAAAAUCGUCCAGAAAAAGUGAUAAUUUAUCAAACUUUGGUUUUGAUUAUUGUAAAACUCCUGUGUUUUCCAAUCGUAUAUCAUUUUCUUGAAUAUGUUUUGAAUGAAGACAGCUUGGGUUUGAAUGCGACUAUGAAUGCGGUGAGCAAUGAAAAGCCGCAAUUUUCUAACUUCAAAUAUUUCAGAUCUACUUUCCUCUUUUCGUAAUUGAUGUUUUAACAACUCCUAUCGUAUUUCAAAUCACAUAUAUUUUCUGUAACAAAACAAAUCUUGAAGUUUUGAAGAAAAUAAAAUUCAGGAAAGCGAAUACUUGGAAAACGAUCUGUUGUGGAGCAUCUUUGAAUAUUGUUGAUCAAAGUCAGAGUGAAUUGUAUAUUCUGAGCGGAAGCUCAAGUAGAACUUAA